GUUCUGCAUCACUCUUUCUUCCCUCAUGCUCUUGACCCAGAGGGUCACAUCCCUCUCUCUGGACAUUUGUGAGGGGAAGGUGGAGGCAGCAUCACGAGACAUCAGGAGCAGGAGCUCUUUGUCUGAGCAUCUGUGUAGGGCACUGCCCUAUUUCAGCUACUUGCUCUUUUUUCCUGGUCUCCUAGGAGGCCCUCUGUGUUCUUUCCAGAGAUUUCAGGCUCGUGUUCAAGGGUUCAGCUCUGUGUGUCCCAGGUACUCCUUCUGGACUUUCACCUGGAAGGGUCUGCAGAUUCUGGGACUGGAGUGCCUAAUGGUGGUCAUGAGGCGGGUGGUGAGUGCAGGAGCAGGUCUGGCUGACUGCCGUCAACUCCAGUGCAUCUAUGUCAUGUGGUCCACUGCCGGGCUCUUCAAACUCACCUACUACUCCCACUGGCUCCUGGAUGACUCCCUCCUCUGUGCUGCGGGCUUUGGAUCUGAGUUUGGCGAGAGCCCUGGCGAGGAGGGAUACCUCCCUGAUGCGGACAUUUGGAUGCUAGAAACAACCCACAGGAUAUCCCUGUUCACAAGAAAAUGGAACCAAAGCACAGCUCGGUGGCUCAGACGCCUCAUAUUCGAACAGGGCAGGGCCUGGCCGUUGUUGCAGACAUUCGCCUUCUCCGCCUGGUGGCACGGACUCCACCCAGGACAGGUGUUUGGUUUUUGCUGGGCUCUGAUGGUGAAAGCUGACUACCUGAUUCACACCUUUGCCAAUUUGUUUAUCAGAUCCUGGCCCAUGCGGCUACUCUACAGAACCCUCACCUGGGCCCACACCCAGCUCAUCAUUGCCUAUAUAACGCGCGUGGAGGGCAGGAGCCUCUCCUCUCUCUGGCUGCUGUGUAAUUCUUACAACAGUGUCUUUCCCAUGGUCUACUGUAUUUUGCUUUUUCUAUUAGCAAAGAGAAAGCAUAAAGUUAACUGACAUUUUUCCCCAGCCUUCAUUUUAGACAUCCAUG